UUCAACAUGAUUAACUUUUUUUUUUAUUGCUCUUAUCUACUCUAUCAUCUAAUUCUUUCUUUAAACAUCAUCAUCUCAGAUCAUAAACAUUGGCUCGUGAUAUCACUAUGUUGGGAAAAAUUAAAGAAAAUAAGUGUGGUAGAGUAAUAGGCGUAAAACUACAACAUUAUUUUUCUUUUUUUUCUUAUCAUGAUAUUCAAUUAAUUGUGAUUACAAUCUAAUUCUUAGUACUAAGAAACAACUAUAAUUAACUAAAACCAUGAGAGCAUAAUCCCACUAUUUUGACCCACUAAUAAUCCACUAAGUAGACCACUUGUUUUUUUAAUAACCAUUGAAAUAAAGUAACUAACUUAACUAACUUUAAAACGCUAUUUCUAACAAAUUCCUAAAACUAAGUCAUUAAUUUAGUGCCAAAUUAGGGAAGUAAAAUAACCCACUAUUACUAAUAACUUACUAAAAUAACUAACUACCAAAUAAUACUAUUUUAAUUUUUAGUCAAAUCUUAACAAAAAAAUACUGGCCCGGUUUGGUGCAAUAAGGUUUAUUCAUGGCAUUAUUUUUUUUGAAAAUUACCAUAAUAAUUCAAUCUUUAGUCGAUUUUCCUACAAUAAUUCUGACUAUUGAUUAAUGAUAAAAAAUCCAAACUUUGAGCGGUGUUUCGGUUAUGAAACGAGGAAGUGGAAUACACUUGAAAUGCUGUAAGUUGAAGUGUUGUCGUGAGCGGCGAUCCGCAAGAGGAAGCGACUCGAAUUCCUGCAAAACAACACGUUAGCCUUGUCCGGGGGGUGAUCUCCCGGAAAACCCCUCCGACGCUCAAGUUAGAACGUAAAUCGGAUAUUAACGAAUGGAUGGCUUAAAGUAUGAAUGCAAGAUGAGAUGUAGGGAUUGACAUCAUUAGUGUUUGGGUAGGUUAAAUGAGACAGAGUGUAAGCAAGGAUAUUAUAAAGGCUAGUUUUCAGAUGAUCCUUUCCUCUUGAUGGUUGCCUCUAUCUAUAAUGGUGAAGGAGGAAGUUAUUUCUGAGAAGUAGUUAUCAUCAUGGAAAUAGUGGGUAGCAGCUGAUGGUUGUGAUGGAGAUUGGAAGAUAGUGGGCAGUUAUCAGCCUUGGAAGAAGGAUGACCAGUCAGUGUGAGUGAGUGGAAAGUUAGGUCAAACAGGCAGUUACUUCCAGGGAGGGAAGUUAAGGUAUCCUGGACGUAGAAACCCUAUGGGCCAUUCAGGGAAGAUGGGAGAUCCAAAAGAAAGCCCAUUGACCAACAGUCAAAGUCCACUGUAAAGGUCAAGGGGUGUUUUGGUAGUAUGAUGCAAAUUACUAAAUAAAUAAAUUAAUUGAGUAAGUAGUACCAUGACAGUUAGCCCCACGCAUGAAGGAUGAUGUGAAGAGAUAGCCCCAACAAAAGAAAACAUCUUCCUUUAUGCGGAAAAUCACGUGCCCGUCGUAGUUGAUUUGGUGAAGGGAUACGAUCAUAAUGAACAUUCAAUAGCCCCACAAGGAUGAACACAUACCCAAUUGGGUGAAUCUUCUAAGGGAUCAUGAAAAUUGAGCUCGUAAGCUUCGAGUCGACUGUUCAUAUGUCGAAAUCCGAGUUGUGCACAAAACAUAUCCCUAGCUUUCCUAUGACGCGGAAGGGGCAUUCAGGUCCGUGUCUUCGAUCAUACGGAUAUAUGGAGAUUAUACCAUACUUAGAAUUUUUACACCAUGACUGAGUGUUCCAAGGAGUCCGACUUAUCAAUCAUACGGACUCUCUGAAAUAUUUCACCUUAUCCAUACGACGGUUUAGAGCAAAGAUAAUGCGGCAUGACAUUCGCCGUAUCCAUAAGUCGGACAGCUGAAUGUGUAACUUUUCAUACUUAGAAUAAUUUUCGUUCUUGGAGGUGCAGUUUAGGGUCCGACUUGUCGGCUUCCCGGACGUAUUCAAAUGUUGAAAGACUUAGAACAAAUUUCCACAUUCUCCCUCUCCCUGGGGGUCCGACUUAUCGACCCGACGGUUGCUUGAGAGUUGGUUAACUGAAUACUUGGAGAAAUUUGAUGUUCCCCUCACAUUGGGGAUCCGACUUAUCGAUCUCCCGGUUAUAGUUAAGAACUGACACUUUAAAGAUUUUUCAAUAUUUCCCUUCCAUUGAGGGUCCGACUUGUAGACCUUACGGAAAGUGUUGAACACUUAGAAAAAUUCCCAACGAUUCCCCCUCAUGGGGAGUCCGACUUAUCAUUUUCCCGGCUCUCGUUUGGGAUUCUCCUUUCCAUUUAAUGUAUUCAAGUCCCAAAGGCAUUUAUUGCUGUUAUAAAUAGGGUGGUUGGAACAGUUCCCUCUCACUUAAUCCUCAUUACCUCCUUCAAAUCUUUACAUUGCUGGAAAGAGAAAGUAGAGAGAGACGCUCUGACAAUCUUCAUCCUUCCUUCAAACUUCUGACAAAUUCUCGAAGAUCUUCAAGAUUUCUGACAGAUCUUCAUCAAGUUUCUGACAAAUCUCCAACUUUCUUCAAAGGUAUUCAAACUUUUUCCCAGAUCUUCGAAUUUCUUCAAGUUAAUCUUCAGACUGUUCUUAAAUUUCUUCGACUUGUUCUUGAAUUUCUUCAAGUUAUUCUUGAAUGUUAGCCUAGGACUUUGAAUUCGUUUUAUGAAUUUAGUCUUUAUUCUUUACAAGUUUCGCCUACUACUUUAUGACUCUUGUUAACAUGGAUGUCGCGGCUACUCAAGAGACCAUAGCUAACUCAGACAUUAACCCUACUAACUUGCCGGAAACUCCUUUGAUAGUACAUAGACGUCUUAAUAAAAAGGGGUUAUUAAUGAAUGAUUCGGACGAAAGUAGUUCGGUGAGAAUUACCCCACAUUACGAACCAGUAAAGGCCAGGGAAGAGUCAUCCGUGUCCCCUGUAUACCCCCCAGAGAUAAUGAAAACUGCUCCUUGGGAAGUGAGCAUUGCUUUCUUCCCUAAUUACUUGCCGCGAAUAAAUCCUGACCUGGAAGGGUUGUUGUAUGUAGAUAUGGAAAACAUCGAAGGAUCCUCCGAGUCCUCCGGAAGGGAAAGCGUGGCGCCAGUCCCUCCUCCAUUUUAUAUUCCAGACGGCGGGCCCCUAAACUACUUCAUUGAUUUACAAACCAAGAGAGAUUUGGAUAAUCAACGGGAAGCCAUCUCCCGGAAAUGGGGUUUGCCGGAGAACAUUAAUAUUAUUACACCGGGGAAUUACGACACCGUUAGGUUUCCCCCCCUUUAUUGUAUAGCUGCUUACUUCCGUUCUUUCCAACUAGGACUUAGAUUCCCUCUUCACCCAUUUUUUAGAGAGGUGUUAGAGCUGUUAAAUGUUUCGGUGCCCGAGCUAUAUCCUAACGCUUGGGGGUGUAUGGUGGCCUUUUUGAUUUUAUGCAAAGUUUUGGCCGUGCCACCAACACUAACUGCCUUUAGAUACAUUUUUAGAGCCCGCCUAUGUAAUUCACAAUCAUAUGGCUGCGGCUGGAUUACUUUUACGCAUCGUCGUGGGCUGAAGAUAGUCCACGACCUCCCCGAUAACCAGAAGGGGUAUAGGACGAAAUUUGCGUAUUUGUAUAACUCAGGGGGAUGGAAUAUCAAGACCUCCUUCGACAUUAAACCCAACCUUUCGGGUUUUAACAACGGAAUCCCGCAAUGCUCUUUUGAUGACGCGGUGAUUAUCGAGUAUGCAAAGAUGGACGUUCAACUGGGGAGGAAACCCAUGAACGUCCAGCUAAAUUGGAUUCCGGGUCGUUUCGAGUUGGAGAAUGAGAACCUCCUCUCGGCAUUCGGCAUCAGCCUGGCUAUUGAUCGGAGGAUAGCCAAGCAAAACUUAAGGGCGAAAAAUCCGGAGCUGAUGAAGAAAUUUAGCGUUAUGCGAUUUGCCCAAGGGGCCGCCCAGAGAGCCGCGGAAAAGCCGUUGCCAACUCCCCCUAAGGACUCGACGACUGUGGAGAAGGGCCUAGAUGACGUGCCCUCGGAACAGGAGGCUCUCCGUCUUCUCGAGGAGAGGAGACAAGUUCACAUCCCCGAUGAAUCUAAGAGGGUGAUUCCUCUGCAGACGAGGGAGGUGACAAAAAAGAGUGGGAAGGAAAAGAAGAGAAAAAGAGAUUCUUCUUCCCACCAAGGGAGCUCGGCCAAGAGGAUCUCUGUGGACACCAUCCACACAGCCGUGCCCCUUCAAAUGAGGUCGGCUGAAGAGGAAGCGUCACCCCCCCUGGACGCUCCGAUGCCAGUCUCGAGCAAGGGGAAGGAGAAGGUGGGGAAGUCUUCCGCGGCUCCCGCGUCGCAGUUUGCUGAAGUUUAUCGUCGUCGAGAAGUUUCCCCUUUCCGACACGAGACGCCCUUUCCGGAGUUGGGGCACAAGGGCCUGAUCGUUCACUUCAAUAGGGCGACGUCCAACCUAGUCAGCAAGGUGGACGUCGACCUACUAGAGUCCUUGCCCCCACGUGAUAGGGUGCGUCAGGCGCAAGCUUCGGCGGCAGAGGCGUUCAUACGGUUGGCUUUUGAGCUCAACACCAGCCGUCAAAGUGCCGUGGACCAGGAGACCGUGGCCGCCCUUACCUCCCGCUGCGAAGAGCUGAACGAAGAAUUAUCAAAGUUGCGGGAGGACCUGUCGAGCUUAAAGGAGAAACUGGCCAAGUGUAUAGAGCUGAAAGAACGCUUGGUCAGGACCGAACAAUGGCGGGAAAGGGCGAGGAAGCAGCUAGAUCAGACCGUCGAAAACUUAGAUGCUGCUUCCAACAGGUCGGCGACCCUCGGCCAUGAAAUCGGCUUGCUGAUCGAUAUCCACGCCAAGCUCGUUCUUCAGAACCAGCAACUUAUGCAGCAAGUGUCGGCUGAUUCCGCCCACUUCAAGACGAUUCUAUCCGCGGCCAAGGUGUACAAACUGUGCCUAACGAGGAAGGCCCGGAUAGCUCGAGACUGGCUACUUUCGGAUGAGCCGGAAGCGUCGAAGUUUCUCGGAGAUCUGACGGCGGAGAUGAUGAGCGCCGGUUCCAUGAUUAGCGACGAAAAGUAUCGCUUGGCCGCCGUGGAGUUGGGCAUGGAUUUUACUUCCCUUCAGCAAACUGCUAAUCAGAAGGGGGGUGAAGCCUUGUCCAACCUCGCUUCCGCCUUGGAAGGUGAGUCGGCGGUGCUGGUCGACGCUGUCUGGGACGCGGAGGAGAAAAGAGCCUGGUCCGAAAGGAUGAAUGCUGAGGCUGAGAAGGAGGCUUUAUGCCUCGACUUAGAUCAGUUGGCUCUUUCUUCUCCUCCGGCGUCAGAUGUCCCGGAAAACUUGACGCUCUCCAGCCUGGAGAGUUUGUGUCUUGAUUUAUCCAACCUUAUCAUUGAUGAAGGUAGAAACCUCCAGGGCUUAUCCCGAGAGCUGUCCGAGAUCGGGGUGGAGCCGUUCAAUGUGGAAGAUUAUGUAAGCUUCACCCCCAGUCUUGAAGAGGGAAGGGUUGAGUCUCCUCUGCCGCCGGGUCAAGCUCCCGAGGAAGAUGUGAACGCCUUUUUGGAAGAUAUAUAAUUUCGUUG